UGAAAGAUGCAGCAAGAAAUGUGGUAAACAGCACCGGGGCCUCGAGGAAUUGCUCAGAAUAACACACGCCAGGUCGCUAUUGUUUGCAGAGAUAGUUAGUUGUGUAAAUUUCAGUGAAUCUGAGCAGGACGUUACUGCGCGGGAGUCCCUCAGCUAUUCUCUGGAUCCUGCUUCUUGUUUCUAUUUGGUCACGUCCGCCCCCCCUCACACACAUGAGUGCUGUUUUCUCCUUGAGCUGGGCCAAGCGCCAUGCCUGACCGGGACAGCUCCUACCUGUCUGGUGGCGGUGGGAGUGGAGGUAGUCUGGGUGAGGAAGGAGGACCUGGGUCUGGUUUGGCAGGGGGCUCGGCGGAGGGCAGAGGCGGCUCAGGAGGAAGUCUUGGAGGCAACGUCUCUGGCUCUGGGAGCAUGGGGAGAGGAGGGGCACUCGGAAAUGGCAACAGUUGCGGGAACGGUGGAAGUGGGGGGCAAGGUGCAGGACUGGCAUUAGAUGGUGUCUGCAGGGACUUCAUACGCAAUGUCUGCAAGAGAGGCAAGCGCUGCCGCUUCAGACACCCAGACUUUAAUGAGGUGCCAGACUUGGGAGUGCAAAAGAAUGAAUUCAUCUUCUGUCAUGACCACCAGAACAAGGAGUGCAUGCGCUCCAACUGCCGCUUUGUCCAUGGAUCUAAAGAGGACGAGGACUAUUACAAGAAAACAGGAGAGCUCCCCCUCAGACUAAGAGGGAAAGUUGCAGCACGGCUGGGCCUGUCCCCCAUGGAUCUCCCCCAUAGCCGUGGGGAAGUCCCCAUCUGCAGAGACUUCCUGAAGGGAGAGUGCCAGAGGGGCAAUAAAUGUAAAUUUCGCCAUGUCAAAAAAGACUAUGAAUACGAGCCUUCCAGGGUUGGAGUGGGUGGUGUUAUAGGGCCAGGUGCCAGCGGAAUAGUGAAUGCUGGGGGAGGGAUAGGUGUUGGAGGGGGAGGUACCUGUGGGGGAAUGCAAGGACUUGUGGGAGGUGGAAGUGGAAGUAAUAUGAUGGGGAUGGGUUGCCCCAGCCUGGGUGGUUGCAGAGAUCCAGGUAUCACAGGAGUCGGGGGUGUAGGUGGAGGUGGAAUGAGCACUUGUCUGUCCAUAAGUUCCACAGGGCAACGACGUUAUGACAGGAGCUCAUGCUCAGUGUAUGACCCUUUGCUAGAAAGUGGGCUGUUAGAUGCAAGCUCCCUGGAGGCCUCUAUGGACCACACAGCUCUACAGAUUAAGAGGCGGCGGUUGGAGGGGCUGCGCCUGGCAGAUGCGAGCGGAGGUGCACACUACGAGCUGGGAGUUCAAGCCACCUUGCCACCACGUCCUUUGGAGUACAGGUUCCUGGAGGAAGAGAACUCCUUACUGAGGAAGAGAGUAGAAGAGUUGAAGAAGCAGGUUUCAAAUCUCAUUGCCACCAAUGAGGUUCUUCUGGAGCAGAACGCCCAGUUCCGAAGUCAGACCAAGGUGAUGACGCUGUCUUCCACUCCUGCAUUGUCCUCCACUGAGCAGAGUCUGGUGCCCCCUGUAGGUGCAGUAAGUUCCUACAAUCAUAGCAUCGCCCAGACUCACACCACCCUGAGCAGCGCAGGACUGCAGCCUCGGCCUGUUACGCAGCAAGACCUGGUAGCUCCGACUGGUGCCCCUUCAGCGCCCCAGACUAACGCUGCCCCACCGACGGCCCCUCCGCCUCACCUCAACCCUGAGAUCACUCCCCUGUCAGCUGCCAUUGCACAGACCAUUGCGCAAGGGAUGGCACCACCUGUUUCUAUGGCACCAGUGGCUGUAUCUGUGGCACCAGUGGCAGUGUCAAUGACGCAGCCUCUGCCUGGCAUCACCAUGAGUCACGCCACCACCCCGAUGGUGUCGUACCCCAUUGCGAGUCAGAGCAUGAGGAUCACCAAUCUGCCUCACUAACUGAAUAAGUAAAGGACUCCAGUAAAGUCAGACUGUAGCAUCCUUAACUGUGAUUUAUAACAUAGACUGUCUUCUUUCAUGUGUAUGAGACUUAACUGAUGACAGAACAGUGGCAACACACAUAGCUGCAAACACAUUUGAGCCCUUUCUUGGCCAGAAGAAAGGAGCAGCUCAACUGCUCCAAAUUAAAGCCGACAGCUUGUGCAAAGUCACCUCAGCUAGAUUAGUUCUGUCUAAAGAAGGAGUGAGACCAAUCAUAGACUCGUUCCACCAUUGCAAUGUAUGCUGCAUUUCAAUCACAGCAUGCUCAAAGUCCUGCCAUUUGCUCCCUCUUUAUCAUACUGGAGAGGAACUUGGUCUAUAUGUUCAAUCGUUUGUAAUGGAUGUGUCCAAUGAGAUUAAUUAAGAUUGCUUAAAGACAACUUGAGUUAUGGCCAGUUUGCUUCUAAGCCCCACCCUUUGCAAAGUUUGUCAUUGAUGGCAGCCUUGGUUUUCACCCGCUCUUGCUCAUUGAUGAUAGAAAUGUGUAUCUCAGUCCCACAAGGCCGUGUAGCAAACUUGGUGGUGUAAGAUUUCAUGUUAGAAAUGAGUUAGCAUUUAUGCACUCCCGAUUCACUCGUCUCACAGUCGGUGGGUUUUUUGAAUGGGUUUUUGGUUAGAUGCCUGAAAUAAGGCCUGUGAUUCACAUCAGUAAAUACCCAACUUGUAAGUUUUGAUGCCUUAAAAAAGACAGUUGCUAACAAGUGGCUAAAUGAGUCUAGAGAAUGUCAUCACACUUAACAUGGCGUUACAGCCUCAUUGUGAUGGCGACCGUAGUGUAAUGAGUUUAUAGCCUAAUGUUAGCUUUUUACCUCUGGUGAUUUUAUUUAGGCAAGUAGUAUUAUUUGUGAAGCUUAUCUUGCUGAACAAAACAUUUAAGUAUCAGAAACAUGUUUGCCACAGAGCUUAUAUUUUUCAAUAAUCCAAAAUCUAAUGGAAAAGUCUCAUUAGCUUUUUGGUGAGGGAACGAGAGCAGUGCUAACUUUUGUAUCGCCUACAGUAUAAGCCUCAUCUCCGCAGCACUCUAUUGAGCUGGAUGUGUUUGCCAAAUUUUAAAUCAAUCGAAUUUACGGUGUGAGGUGCAUGGCCUUUUGAAAGUAGCAUUUUUGGGUGUUAUGUUGCUGAUGUAAGUCAUAUUUCUGGGGAUGCAUUUGCACAUCAUUUCCAGUUAACUGGGCCAAGUGUCAUGUUUCUAGCUCAGUCCAGCUCCCAGCAGUUUGAGUCACAGUGGAAGACAACGAAUAAUAAUAGUACUAAAAAGAAUAAUAAACCGGCACAAACUCAGUAGUGUUCUUCCUCUUUGGGACUUCAACCCUAAUGAGGUAGAGAUGCUUCUCCACCAGAGGGCAGGAUCCCUCCUUCUGUGUGCUGUGGCAACAUGACAAAGACAUUUUUUUCCUACAGACUGACUGACCUGUGAACAUUUUGUGUACCAAAGGGAUCUUUUCAAACACAGGCUCCAAAAAUGGCAGCAAACUGAAAAUGUAUGAUGUCAUCCAUAUCGUUUGA